UCAACAUGUUUUUACGUCCACGAAGUUUUCGACUGCGUCUUUUUAUCUGUGUUAAACUGUUGGUUUUCAUCUUGUUUUUUCAUGUGCUGGAACUCAUUGUUUUUACCAGAUUCCAUUUUGAUACCAUAUUAGAUCCCAUAUUAGAGUUACAUCAAUGUUACAUGGACGAAUUGCCAGGCAUAAUAUCUGAGAAGUGGACUUCUAAUAAGUUCAUAAUUCUAGAGGAUGUCCUACUCUCGGAUAUAAAACCAACACCAGGACGAACUAUUUUCUUCCUCGAAACCAAGUGUCAAUCUCCUGACUCGGACUUGAAAUACAUUAUGACUUUGACAGCAAGACAGGCUUGUUCCAUCGAAUCGGCGGCGUUAAAUAAUCCCAACUUUCAAGUCUUUGUUAUAUUUGCCAAUCCGAAAGUAAUAGAUAAGAAAAACAGAUUUAUAAAUGUAAUUCAAAGCUACAAGAAUGUGCAUCUACGACAGUUGAAUAUUUGGCGAUAUGCGAAGAAUACUCCAGUUGAAGACUGGGUCUUAACAGAUAAUAUGUUUUUAUCAAGUUACCCGACAGAGCACUCGUCUGACCUACUUCGCUUGUUGACUCUAUAUCGCUUUGGAGGCAUCUAUAUGGACUUGGAUGUGGUGGUGUUACGCAGCUUGGAAAAUGUUCCCCUAAACUAUGUAGGGACCGAGUUCUAUGGCUUACUGUCUAAUGCUGUGAUCAGUUUGGAGCCUACGGGAAUCGGCCACGAAGUUGCAGAAUUAUUUUUACGUGAAUUUCAGCAAAAUUUCAAUGGAACUUCGUAUAUAUUCAAUGGACCAAUGCUAAUAAAACGCGUAUUGGCGACGAUCUGUGGUACGAAAUCUGUUAAAGAGAUGACGAAUAAUCCCCGUCUUUGCCACGGAGUUCGCGUAUUUGAUCCAAGUGCUUUUUUUGUAUUGCAAAAACUAUUUUAUCUUUUUGAUCCAAAAUUUCUGGAGAUAGCCAUGGAAAAAACUAAGAAUUCAUAUCUGAUACAUUUAUGGAAUAAAUAUUCUAAGAAAUGUCUCCUUAAGGCUGAUUCCAAUACUGCCUAUGGAAAGUAUGCGGAACAACAUUGCCCCAAGACAUAUGAAGCAGCUGGUGAAUUUUUGUAGCACACAUUUUUCUUAAUAUUAUUUAGUAAAUAGCAUUUAUAAAAAGUCAAUCUAAAAUACCAUCA